CAGCCGUCGCGCUUCUUUCCCUUCACAGAACCAGGGCGCCUCACGGGCCACGAGAAUACUGUCGGAGACUUGGCAGACAUACUGUACAUGCGACUUUGGCCCUCAAGCACUGCACCUUCACAAGACCGCUUGAAGCUUGCUGGCGUCUUCUGCCAUCCACCUCACUGCCUACACGCCGCCCAGUGGACUGUCCCUUGAAGGUCUGCUGGUGCAUUAGGCUCUCCGGUACAUACGCGCCUCCCAGCAGCGAGCGAGUUAACUGCCGAAUAUUCAGGAUUUCUACAUUAUAUGAAAAUCGAGAAAUCCCCAGCAAAGCAUGGAAUGAAAAGCACGUCAUAGGCAAAUAUUCAAUGCCCCAGGAAGUGCCGCAGGACGAGAGCAAGAAGCCGCGGAUAGGCAACGCUCAUGCUUGUGUCCGUUGCCGCCAACACAAGGUCCGAUGUGAGGUUGGCGAGACCCGGGGGAGCUGUUUUAGAUGUGAGAGAGCCAAGGCCACUUGUGAGCAACAUGUACCUCGCCGACGCCAACCAAAGAAGAAGGCUAUCAGGUCGAAAACAAGUGAAGCCGACCAGGUCGAGGACAGCCAGCCGGAGGAUCCUACUUCGGUGCGGGUAGCAGCAGGGAUUGCAUCUCCGACUUCCCCUCCGCCGCUCACGGGUCCUCCCCAGCUUGCCCUUCCACCGGUAUCAUCCACUGCCACUUUCGUUGCUCAACUCACUCUUCCUCUGGUGCAAGGGUCUGCCAACUCUGCAGCCCAACACCUCCCUCCUCCGGGAGCAAGUUUCGUCAAGUCCCCUUCUCAAUGCACCGACGCACCCAUUCAAGCGACCAAUACCGCCGCGUCUCCUUCCCAAUACAGGCUUCCUCCUAUAGCAACCAUUACCUGUUCUCUGGUUGAGAACGUCCAGCUGCCUGCGGUGCUGUCCCCUCCACCAGCCCCAGCACGACCACCGGCCCCCUCAGCAACUACCACGUUACCGGGUGUGAGCAGUUCGUUUCCCGCUAUUUCCCUGUCUCAGACUGGGGAACUGUCGGACUUUUCCAGGAACCUCGCUUCUACGCUUGUGCCGCUUUAUGGGUUGAACCGCGUCAUCCAGGACAUCAGCUAUGCUCAAAUUAAUCACUGUGUCGAGGUCUAUCGGACGAGCCUGGUUGACUCUUUUCCCUUUGUUCCACUACCAGCCGAUGAAUCCUGCAGCCAUGUGCUUCACCGACGACCAUUGCUGGCACUUGCUAUCUUGGUCGUGUCGAAUCACGAUCACCCUCCAAUACAACAGUCCUUGAGCCAGGAUUUCCGAAAGGUGGUCAUGGCUAAGAUCAUCAAUGGCGUAAGGAGCUUGGAUCUGGUUCAGGCAUUGCUGGUGUUUAUCGCUUGGCAUCACCAGUAUAUGGAUUCCAACACCACACCAGUUGGAUUGCUCCUGCACUUUUGCAUAACCCUUGCCGGAGAACUUGGGUUGGACGAUAUUCCCCCGGGCCCCCAGAGCGAAGCGGAACAUAGAUCAAGUCGUGAAGCAAAGAGAGCGUUUCUCGGUUGCUAUUACGUGUCUGGUUCUCUUCCUAUUCACAACUUGAGCAAAUCCCGGCCGAUGACGUAUUCUGAGUCUAUUCGCAUGUAUACGUCCGAACUGCAUGCGCGGAGAGAAUUUGAGACGGAUGCAAUGUUACCCACGCUGAUGGAGACGUGCCGAUUCCUGGAGGACGUCGAAGAGACUUUCCCCAAUAAGCCGCAACUGACUUGCAUUGCAAUGGCUCAGGCGCAGCGUCUCAUAGACGCGUAUUCCAGCAUACAAAGGGAUCUGCUGAGUAACCGUGUGCACUCAGGUGAGCCCACCAAGUUUGCUCAAAACACGCAGCUCCUCAACGGUCGAGCAGACAUGACGAACUGGACGCAAUUGAAGGCCAAAGUCUGCCUAUACAAGUCCAUCGCAUUUUCCCCGACCCUCGAUGCCGAAAAUAUCUCCGGAGACCGCGGGUUCCUCCUCUCGAUGCGCGUAUCCUGUCUCCGUGCCAUCGACGACUUUCUCAAACAUUGCACGCAACUUUCGAUGACUCAAUGGAAGUCAUUGUCUAUCGUGGAUUGGAUUAGUCUAAUAUCCUCAUUCACAGCUCUGCGAGCAUUGUCAAUGCACUUGACGCCCCUGCCAGGGAGUCACUUCCAAGAGUUUCAUCCCUCACGCAUGUUUGGAGCGUACCGAGAGGAACUUUGUGCGAAGAUGCCCCAGUUGAUCAAUAAUGCUCGCUCCGGAGACGAUUGCUUUGCCCGGUUUCGCAGGGGCACUGGUGUUAUGGAGGCUUCUUUUCCGGAUUUUGUGCGACGCGUCGAUUCGAAGGGAUCGUCGUUUGGGAUCAUGUCGCAAACAUCACAUUUGGAUACAACGAGGCUGCAGAAUGGGCCCAUGGGCAAGGGAGAAAUUGAUUAUGGGCAGCCAUCGCCUCCCUCCAAACGCGACUCUGUAGAUGAGAUGACCAGCAACGAGUUUCUCUGGAAAUUUCUUCGAGGAGAAGUCUAAACAUUGACCUAAGCAACAGCAUCUGCUGGCUUUGUGAAUUUCAAAAGACAGCCGCAGUAUCAAGAACGACACAGCCGAAGGGCAUUUGCGGCUGUCGACACUGGGGCAUUCAUUGGGUCCAUGAUGAAACUGUACUAGACGUCAUUCUCCCAGGUCUUGC